AUGAUCUCAUCAGGUUGGGCGAGAGGAGAAUUAAACCCCGCCUGUAUGGUCGAUCAUCCUCGUCAAACCACGAUCAGUUUCCCGAGAUACCUGACUAGGCUUCUGAAGGAAUAUGAUGUCGAUACUGUCUUCGGCAUAGUAGGAAUACCAAUCGUUGAAAUAGCUGAUGCUUUUAUAGCGGAUGGUGGGAUUAAAUUCAUUGGGUUCAGGAACGAGCAAGCGGCAUCUUAUGCUGCGUCCGCGUAUGGUUAUCUCACUGGAAAGCCUGGCGUUCUUUUGGUGGUCGGAGGCCCAGGGGUUGUUCAUGCCUUGGCAGGCAUAUACAAUGCGAUGUCAAACAGGUGGCCCUUGAUAGUGUUUGCAGGGAGCAGUGAGGAUCAGUACAAGGGUGGGUUUCAAGAAUUGGACCAAGUGAGCCUACUAAAACCUUAUGUCAAGUUUGCAGCCAAAUUGAACUCUAGAAACAUCGAUUCAGUUAUCUACGAGGCCACACGAAGGUCGCUACUGGGUUCCAAAGGUGUUUCCUACGUCGAUAUCGCUGGAGAUCUUAUUUCUGAGGAACUUGAGGACAAAAAUCCUAUUGCAAAGGCGAUACCGAAUAUUCGGUACUCUCCCGAUCCCUUAGUAGUGGAUAAAGUUGUUCGUUAUUUGCGUCAAAGUUUGAAUAAGCGUAUACUUUGCGUCUUUGGGAAGGGAUGCGUUGACGCCUCAGCAUCCUUGCGUGAAUUCGUAACGAAGUUUCAAAUUCCGUUUCUUCCAACUCCCAUGGCAAAGGGCAUUAUACCGGACUCUCACUACCUCAACGUAUCGUCUGCGAGGUCAUUGGCCUUACGCACUGCCGACGUUGUCCUCGUCUUUGGCGCGAGAUUGAACUGGAUUUUGCACUUUGGGGAAACGCCUAAAUGGAAAUCAGACGCAACAUUCAUUCAGAUUGAUACUUCGCCUGAAGAAUUGGGCCACAACAAUAUCCGAGGAAUUGAUUUCGCAUUGUGUGGUGAUAUUGGGUUGACGGUUCAGGCUCUUACAAAGGGGCUACGGGGUUACAGAUACUCUGGACUUUCCAAAGAGCUGGAGUCAAAGGUGAUGCUGAAUGAGCGGCGAUUGCGCGAUAGAGAGGAGAAAUCGUUGUCCUUGAAAGGCAGAGAGCUCAAUUACAACCAAGUGUACGCGCUCAUGCGGAUGCAUAUAAACGACAAAGAUACAGUGAUGGUGACGGAGGGCGCAAAUACAAUGGACGUGGCGCGCAUUUCUUUCCCAGAAACCCACCCUCGAUCGAAACUCGAUGCAGGUACGAACGCAACGAUGGGGGUUGGUCUGGGCUACGCGAUUGCCGCCAAAAUUGCAAAUCCAAGCAAAACUGUCAUUUGCAUAGAAGGAGAUUCUGCGUUUGGCUUUUCUGCAAUGGAACUUGAAACUGCUUCAAGGUACAAGCUUGGCAUUGUGUUCGUGGUGAUGAACAACAGUGGGAUAUACCACGGUGUGCCUCAUGAUUCAAAGGGCUUCUUGCCUUCGACGGCUCUCAGCGUUGAAUGCAGGUAUGAUUUGUUGGCUCAGGGAUUAGGAUGUCGAGGAAUUCUCAUAAACACGCUAGACGAGCUGCAAGACACAUUUCCGCAAGCGCUGAAAAGCUCUUACGAGGGCAUUUCGACCGUGUUCAACGUGAUAAUCGAACCCGGUGAGCAGAAGAAAAUAUCUUUCGGUUGGCAAAACAAACCCAAGUUAUAG